UCUCCAGCUAUGUGGCUGUGCCUUGCUGGGUGUGGGACUAUGGCUGUGCUUCGACCCGAGUAUGAGGGAGUACGCCAGCACCUCAGGUGACCUCCAGGUUUAUUACAUCGCAGUGUACGUGCUAAUAGGCAUAGGCGGUUUUAUGAUGCUCGUCGGAUUCCUGGGAUGCUGCGGAGCGUGUAUGGAGAGUCAGGCUCUGCUUGUUUUGUUCUUUAUCUUACUUCUGGUGAUCUGUGCUGCUGAGGUUGGUGGUGGAAUCUGGGCAUACCUCAACAGAGACAAACUAAAAGGUGGAGUUGAAGCAGGUAUGCGUCAGACGAUAGAGGGUGUAUAUUCCGAGGAUGCGUCAGUGACGGCAGCAUUUGACAAAAUGCAACAAACAUUGAGGUGUUGCGGAGCAUCGGGACCGGAGGACUGGGUUCAUUCUAAAUUUGCGGAGAGAAACCUGGCUGCCCUCCCCGAUUCAUGCUGCACGGAAAUGACGGAAAACUGCGGGGCCAUCGGCCAAGCGACCAUCAAUUCCUUCAUCAACGUUCUGAGGGGUCAGCCAACUCCAUCCAUUUACUUGACAGGGUGUUCCGAAGCUUUGUUUGCAAUGUUAGAAGAGAACACUAUCCUUGUGGCUGGAUUAGCGAUUGGUGUCGGUGCUGUACAACUCCUUGGAAUGAUCUUUUCAUGUUGCCUCUGCUGUGCAAUCCGGAGACAAGACGACAACAAAUACUACGCCUAACCCCUAGAUCCUAGCCCUACUCGUAGACCCUUCACUAGGACCUAGUCCUCCCCUUAGACCUUCCCCUGGGACUUGGUCCAGUCUAGACUUAGUCUAGUACUUACAGAUGUUCUGACCCACCGAGGACCAUCUCUUGAGGAUUCUAUACACUGCUAAAACAAAGGUGUUAAUUGGGUUUUCAUACAGGACCACACAAUUAAGACAUCUUACUUUGGUUUUAAUUUCUUGGGGUGUUAUUUCAACAUCAUUUGGUUGUGAAAUUUACAGUGUUAGUGUUCAUUCAGCACCCAUGGGUGCUAUGAUAACAACUUUCAUUGUUAACUUUACAGUGUUAGUGCUCAUUUAGCACCCAUGGGUGUUAUAAAAAUGCCUUUGGUUGUAUAAUUUACAGUGUUUAUUUAACACCUUUUGUUGUAAGUUUAACACUCUUUGGUGUUAUGUUCAUUUUCUCGGUUGUAAUUUUAACACCUCAGGAUGUGGCCCUCUAGGGACUCCAACAGGUGUCAGUAAACACCGCAGGUUUUACAGUGUAGGAUGUCUGAGAGUUUAGGAUGUGAUUUGGACCAUUAUCAAACCGAAAAACAACACUGGACCAUUAAAAGUCCACCUUAAUACCCAGAAUAAGAUCAAAUUUAGUACCCAUUAGGUCAUAUAUAGAUCUCAUUAUUCCAGAAAUCACUAAAAUAUGAGUUGUCAGAAGUACUUUUGAAUAUGUUUUGGGCUGUAAUAACCUUUUUUCUUGCCCCCAUUUCUUUUUGUAACAUUUGUACAAAGCACUUCAUGAAUGUUGCAUAAAAACAUUAUUAUGAUAACAUUUCUUUUUAUUUACAAUGCUCAGGAAAUUGGGCACCAAUUAAUAAAUAAAACAGUAUAACAUGAGGCUGAAUAUGGUGUUAAAACUGAAAAUGGGGUCUGCUUUAUGGAUUUUUUCUCCUAUAAAAAGGAUGCUUUAUUCAAAAUGUACAUGUAAACCAAUAUUUGAUAUAUGAUCUGAUCAUGUAUUACGAAAGGGAUAUUAUCCACAAUAGGCAUAUUACAUGCUGUCUUCAAUCUGUUUCAUUGCACGUGGUUGCCACUAUUGCCAAAUAAUUGUUCUCCAUUUAUACAUGAAUGAUUAAGUGAGAUCAUUCUAAACCCUUCUACGUGCUUGUUUGAAGAAAAAAUAUAUAUUCAUUUAUUACUACUGUUAAUUUCAUCAGGUUUUUUAUUGAGAAGGUAAAUGUUUUUACAAAUGAAAAUGUUGUCCAUUUUCUGAAUAUGAUUAAAAUUGUCACGAAUUGAUAAAUUAUGCACUAUUUUCCUUUUAAAAUAUCAUUUCAAUUCUAAUAAGUAAUUAGAUUGAAAAAUAAGGGAUCUACACUAAAUGAAAAUUCACAAUGACAUUGAAUAUUGCAUUUCAAAGAGUGAAAAAUCUAUAAAAAAGCAUCUUAUUUUUUACAAUAGCGAAAAGGGAUAAAAAUGGUGAUUUAUCAAGUCAUAUCGAGAAGCUUAACUUUUUUUAUACUCAGAUGCAGAGCUUUCUUUUCAAAUGUUUAAUAGCGUACUGUAUAUCUAAUAUAUAAUGCAGCAUAAUAUAUCUUAUAUAUAUUUGGAAUCAAAGAAUAAGUACAGAGACCAAUUUAUAAGGCCUCAUCGAUCUCUUAUCAUGCAAAAUUUAUACUGGAUAAAGUUGGCACAAAGAGAAUUCCUUUUGAGCUAUAAGAUGCUUUUACAGAUGCUCUGUACUUGCUGCUUAGUAUUAAAUAUUUUAUAAAAGUACACUUUAAAAAAAUCAGGGUUUCCCUCUUAAUGUAGUCCAACUCGUUACCAGUACAAUAGUUUUUACUAUUUCAUAGAAGGUUAAAUAGCUUUUUAUAUAAACCAUUUCUUGUGAAUAUCCCCAAAUAGACUAAAUUAUACUUUGUAGAACUUUAAACUGUAUAAAGGAUAAUAUCUAUUCUAUAAUGACUACUAUGUUUUUUUGUAUGAGCCUAAGUAAUAUAUCUAACAUGUAUUGUGUACAUGUGAUUUAGGAAUGAAAAAGAAUUCUACCUCUUUCACAAAUUCAGUCCCCUGAUUGUUGCCAAUUUGAAGAUUGGAGUAAACUCAAAGCUUUCGUUUUCCGUAACUCUUAACAACCAAACUAAAUCCAAAUUGUAUUCUGUUGGUGGGCUGUUCAAAUUUCAUUAAACAAAUAGAGUAGCUCAGAUAAGCUCCAUUUUGGAGUUAUGACAAAAAGUGGUAUUUGCCAAGAAAGAGAUCUUUAUAAUUAAUACAAUUUAAGAGACUGUCUUCAGACGAUACGAGGCUGCCUCCAUAGCCAUCUUUCUUACAUACAGAUUUCUCUGAGCUUUGCUCAAAUUUUUUAACUUUCAGAUACAUGAAGUUUUUACAAUUUCGCCAUCGAUUUGCUACAUGCAGUUGGUGUAUGGGCAUAAACGUUACCGUAUAUGCAGGGGCGGAAAUCACUCCCAAAAGGUAGGGGGGACAAGGGUCUGGAAAA